CGCAGGCGGCGACUUCAACGGUACCGCACAACUUCACAGUCGCGAUGUGUAGAUUAAGGGUGUGAGUCGGUAACAUUUGUGCUUUUUGCGCUACUUCGAAGAAAUUAAGUUGCAUAAGUCUUAUCUAGAAGGAUUGCUUUACAGCGGGUAGCGGAUUUAAAUGCUUUACCAUCAUCAUGACAAGUAAAAAAGAGGCAGAUUCUGUUUUUUAAAAACGCCUAGGCGAUAACUCGGCUCAAAACAACAUCAAAGUUUGUGAAACACCAGCUACCUGCCUUAAGCGUCGUUGUUUCGUUAACGUUUUAGGUUGUUUAGUAACAGACGCCGUCUGUAACUCACCAGGUUAGCUUCAACGCCAUUGAAAAGCUGAAAGCUUCGAACUCCAAUCAAUUUUAACUUGGAUUUUACUUAGUAAAGGACUGACUUUCGCCUGCUUCAGAUUAAGAGGAUUUCUAUUUUAAUUGAAGUAAACAGUGGAGUUUACCAUACCGGUACCAAGGAGCUGAAUGGCCUCUGUUAUAGCAGUGAAAACUGAGAAGCGGCCUGCAGUGGAUUCUCAGGAUGCAGACUCGAAUGCUAAAAAGCCCAGGAAACUGCUGCCCAGCCUGAAGACUAAGCGAGCCCCCGAGCUUGUCCUGGUGAUUGGUACGGGGGUAAGCUCUGCAGUGGCCCCUCAGGUCCCUGCUCUCCGCUCCUGGAAAGGCCUCAUCCAGGCCUUGCUUGAUGCAGCCAAUGACUUUGACCUACUAGAGGAAGAGGAGAAUCGGCGGUUCCAGAAGCACAUGCAGGAAGACAAGAAUUUGGUGCAUGUGGCCCAUGACCUCAUUCAGAAACUUUCCCCGAGAACAGGUAAUGUAAGAUCCACGUUCUUCAAGGACUGCCUGUACGAAGUGUUUGAUGAUUUGGAGUGCAAGAUGGAGCACGCAGGAAAACAUCUAUUGCGGUCAGUGCUGCAGUUAAUGGAGAGCGGCGCGCUGGUUCUCACUACCAACUUCGACAACCUGCUGGAAAUUUACGCAGCCCAUCAGGGCACCAAACUGGAGUCUCUGGACCUGACCGAUGAGAAGAAGGUGCUGGAGUGGGCUCAGGAGAAACGGAGGUUAAGUGUUCUGCAUAUCCACGGUGUUUACACCAACCCCAGUGGUAUCGUACUGCACCCUGCUGGCUACCAAAAUGUACUGAGGAACACUGAGGUUAUGCGUGAGAUCCAGAAGCUGUAUGAGACUAAGUCCUUUGUGUUUCUCGGCUGCGGGCGCACAGUAGAUGACACAACCUUCCAGGCUCUGUUCUUGGAGGCAGUCAAACACAAGUCGGACCUCGAGCACUUCAUGCUUGUGCGACGGGAGGAUGUGGGUGAGUUCAAGAAGCUGCGUGACAACAUGCUGGACAAGGGCAUCAAGGUCAUCUCCUAUGGAGACGAGUACGCUGACCUGCCCGAGUACUUUGAGAGGCUGGCCAAUGAGAUCUGCAACCGUGACGUGUCUACCAACGGCUGGGGGUCCCCCUCGCAGAACGGGGAGGAACAGCAGAACGGCUUUAACACACAGAAAAGCCUCCUUCAAGUCAAGUCCUUCCACUUCUUUUUGCCCCAAGACUACCAUUCUUGACAGACACAGCCAGGAUCUGUAUCAGCCAUUUUCCUGCACAGAUCUACCGAGAGAUCAAGUCUGGUUUUGUUGAAUAUAUUUAGGAAUCGAUGGGGAACCUAAAUUACACCAGUAUUUUUCAGACUCCCUGCUCGUUCCAUUUUUAUUUAGUUGUUAUUUAAAAGGGAAAGAAGUUCAAGCCGUCGAUGCCAACCUCACUCCCCCCCCACUAUCCUGGAUUUAAACGUUACUCGAUGGUCUAUCAGCAUGCUGUAACGCACAGCCCUUGCUCUUGAUUUAAAAAUCUUGAGUCAGAGGAUUGAAUCAGUCACGUUCAUCCCUGCAACCAGGAAAACUUGAUUUGCACACUACUUGGGAUGGGUUACUGUGAUGAUUCUGUUGUAAAAAUGUAAGGUCAGAUGCUUUUAUAGCAGAACAGUUCCCUGCCAGUAGCAACCUCUUUGCCACUCCUGUGCUGAAAAUUAAAAAAAAACAAAAAAAAAUUCUGUAAAAGCCUGUUUUGUACUUUUAAUAUUUGCAUGUGUUUUCUGAUGUAGUAUUUAUAAUAAGCAACGUUUUCAAAAUAAAGCUUUUGGUAUUCCA